UAUUCGUCAGAGGAAGAGGUCGUGGACCUGCAGACGGCCCUCACAGGCUUUCAGACGAAACAGAGGAAAGUUCUGGAGCCGGUUGAUCAUCAGAAGAUCGAAUAUGAACCGUUCCGCAAGAACUUCUACGUGGAAGUGCCGGAGCUGGCCCGGAUGAGCCCCGAAGAGGUGAACGAGUACCGCCUGGAGCUGGAGGGCAUCGUCGUGAAAGGCAAAGGCUGCCCGAAGCCCAUCAAGUCCUGGGUGCAGUGUGGCAUCUCCAUGAAAGUGAUGAACGCGCUGAAGAAGCACAGCUACGAGAAGCCGACCCCGAUCCAGGCCCAGGCCAUCCCGGCCAUCAUGUCGGGCCGAGACCUCAUCGGCAUCGCCAAGACCGGCAGCGGCAAGACCAUCGCCUUCCUCCUGCCCAUGUUCCGGCACAUCCUGGACCAGCGGGCGCUGGGGGAAGCUGAGGGGCCCAUCACGGUCAUCAUGACCCCCACUCGAGAGCUGGCUCUCCAGAUCAAAGAGUGCAAGAAGUUCUCCAAGUCUCUGGGUCUGCGUGUGGUGUGUGUGUACGGCGGCACGGGCAUCAGCGAGCAGAUCGCAGAGCUGAAGCGAGGAGCAGAAAUCAUCGUCUGCACUCCCGGCCGAAUGAUCGACAUGUUAGGAGCCAACAGCGGUCGCGUGACGAACCUGCGCAGAGUCACGUAUGUGGUGAUGGACGAGGCCGACCGCAUGUUCGACAUGGGCUUCGAGCCGCAGGUGAUGCGGAUCGUGGAUAACGUGAGGCCGGACCGCCAGACCGUGAUGUUCUCCGCCACGUUCCCGCGCUCGAUGGAGGCGUUGGCGCGCCGGAUCCUGUCCAAGCCCAUCGAGGUGCAGGUGGGCGGCAGGAGCGUGGUGUGCUCCGACGUCGAGCAGCACGUGAUCGUCAUCGAGGAGGAGAAGAAGUUUCUGAAGCUUCUGGAGAUCCUGGGUCACUAUCAGGAGAAGGGCUCGGUCAUCAUCUUCGUGGACAAGCAGGAGCACGCCGACGGCCUCCUGAAGGACCUGAUGAAGGCUUCGUACCCCUGCAUGUCCCUGCACGGAGGCAUUGACCAGUACGACAGGGACAGCAUCAUCAACGACUUCAAGAACGGGGCGUGCCGUCUGCUGGUGGCCACCUCCGUCGCCGCGCGGGGCCUCGACGUCAAGCACCUCAUCCUGGUGGUCAACUACAACUGCCCCAACCACUACGAGGACUACGUGCACCGCGCCGGCCGCACCGGGAGAGCCGGCAACAAGGGAUACGCGUACACCUUCAUCACUGCAGACCAGGUGCGCUACUCUGGGGAUAUCCUGAAAGCCCUGGAGCUGUCCUCCACACCCGUGCCCCCCGAGCUCGAGCAGCUGUGGACCGGCUUCAAGGAGCAGCAGAAGGCCGAGGGCAAGAGCAUCAGGAGCAGCAGCGGGUUCUCCGGGAAGGGCUUCAAGUUCGACGAGACGGAGCACGCGCUGGCCAACGAGAGGAAGAAGCUGCAGAAGGCUGCGCUCGGCCUUCACGACUCUGAUGACGACGACGCGGCUCUCGACAUCGACGAGCAGAUCGAGAGCAUGUUUAACUCUAAGAAGCGUGUGAAGGACUUCUCGGCCCCGGGCUCCUCAGGGGCCCCCGCUGUGGGAGUGAGUGGCUCUGUGAGCUCGGCCUCGGGCCCCAGCGCUCCCUCUGCUGGAAACAUACAGAAGCUGGAGAUGGCCAAGAAGCUGGCGCUCAGGAUACAGGUGCAGAAGAACCUGGGCGCCGAGGCACAGGACGUGAUGCAGCAGGCCACGAACGCUAUCCUGCGCGGCGGGACGAUGAUCGCGCCCUCGGUCUCCGCUAAGACCAUCGCAGAGCAGCAGGCGGAGAAGAUCAACGCUAAGCUGAACUACACGCCGGUGGAGAAGCUGGAGGAGGAGCGGCAGGCCAACGACAACAGCGAGACCGUCAAGAGAUACGAGGAGGAGCUGGAGAUCAACGACUUCCCCCAGACGGCCCGGUGGAAGGUCACGUCGAAGGAAGCGCUCCAGCGAAUCGGAGAGUACUCAGAGGCCGCCAUCACCAUACGAGGGACGUACUUCCCCCCGGGCAAAGAGCCCAAAGAGGGCGAGCGCAAGAUCUACCUGGCCAUCGAGAGUGCGAACGAGCUGGCCGUGCAGAAGGCGAAGGCAGAGAUCACACGACUCAUCAAGGAGGAGCUCAUACGCCUGCAAAACUCCUACCAGCCGACCAGCAAGGGCCGGUACAAGGUCCUGUAGAGCGGUGCGCUGGGCUCUCACACAAGGCUUCGGUUUUGUCAGCUGAUCGAACACCAGGUUUGGAUCUCUGGAAGUUUUUACCUGUUGUUUGCAUCGCUCACGUUGAAUAUUUUAGAAAACUCCCAUGUAAUUGUGAACUUAAUUUGGAAAUAAAGUGUUUUUUUUCUUGUGUA